UCCAUCUGUAAUACUGACUCAGUAACCUUCUCUCUCUGCUAUCACAACUUGACUGUCUGGGGAUUUCCUACCGCUCUGCAUUUUGCAGCAGACCCAGCAGAGAUAAGAUAUCCCGCCCGUCUGCUCCAGUGAAGGACGACAUCAGUUCACCUAAUCAGAGAUCGAAGAUUGAACAGGACACGGAGACAGAGACUGGUCAAGAUCACAGUUUAAACUUCAACCUGGGAAGACAAUACAGCAUUCUAAAUGAACUUCUCACUUGUAACUGGUGAGGGGCAAAAGGACUUUAACUUUGACGAUUUUCAGUUCGAAUACUACGACAGCAAUCUGAGUUCAUAUUUUAAUAACAAUUAUAGUAAUUUUUCUGAUGAUUUCAUAACCUACCUUGACUGCGAGAAUUACAACACAGAGCCAUUUAAGAAAGUCUUCCUUCCCCUUUUCUACUCUACCAUCUUCAUUGUGGGAUUGUUGGGGAAUGCAAUGACCAUCAUCGUUUUCCUGAAGAACAGGCAGUCCAUGGCCAUGACCGAUACCAUAAUUCUCCACUUGUCUGCCGCCGAUAUCCUCCUUGUAAUCACCCUGCCCUUCUGGGCUGUGGAAGCUGUCAGGGGCUGGAUUUUUGAGCCAUUUGCUUGCAAGCUCUUUGGGGCAAUGUUCAGCAUCAAUUUCAACUGUGGCAUUUAUCUUUUGGGUGGCAUUAGCAUUCAGCGUUACCUUUCCAUUGUGCAUGCAGUCCAGAUGUACAACAAACCCAGAUCUUUAGUAGUGCACAUCAGCUGCCUGGCUGUUUGGAUCUUCUGCCACUUCUUAGCCAUCCCUGAUUUGAUAUACCUAAGGAAAAUGAAAACAAAUGGCACCUGGAAAUGCCAGUAUGAUUUUGAUGCCAACAGUGCCAAGAAAUGGAUAAUAGGUUUGCGUUUUGUUAAUCAUUUCAUCAGUUUCCUUAUCCCACUGACAAUAAUGCUCUACUGUUACUUCAUGAUCAUUAAGACUCUGCGUCAAUCCCAUAACAUACAAAGGAAGAAGGAAGUCAGGGCCAUGAAGGUCAUUGUCAUGGUCGUUGCUGCUUUCCUCAUCUGUUGGAUCCCUUACAAUGUGGUCAUCUUCAUUGACACAUUGCAGAGGAUGGGUGUCAUAGAUAGGAAUUGUGCCAUUGAAUCCAGUUUGGACAUUGCCAUUGACAUCACUUCCAGUCUGGGCUACUUCCAUUGCUGUCUCAACCCAUUUCUCUAUGCAUUUGCCGGAGUGAAGUUCAGGAGAAACUUACUGCAGAUCUUCUGUGAUAUUGGCUGCAUUACUCAGAAGACUGUGAAGAAAUAUGCCAAGUCGAUCCACAGGGAAUCCAUGUCACAAUGUCAGUCAGCUGAUACUACUAACUCUGGAUUAUAAAGUAAUUAAAAUUGCAUCCAAAUUUACUGAAACAUAUUCCAAACUUGGUUUAAUUCUGCACCCCUUUGAAACAAACAGUGAAAAUUCAAAUCCACCGCCAGAGACUUCAGCAGCGUGGUCCAAUAUAUUGCUACCAAAGUAUUCAAGAAAAGUGCAGUUGUCAUUAGUCUAACCCAAUUUGAUUUCAGCACUUCAGUUGCUCAUAAGCACAAAAGUAGCAGAGCCUUGAAUUCCAGUGCUUCAAUCAAGUGUAAUGUAACUCACAAUAUAAACUUAUGGCAUGAAAGGAAGGAUUGAAAAUAGGGUUUUGCUGAUGAAAGUUAUCUUGCAAAUAAAAUUAUAUAUGUAGUCUAUCAGUUGCAUGCCACAAUCUUACAGAUUUUGAAAUUGUCUCUUAAAGUCACAAGAAUCAUGCCUAUCAGUUCCAUGGUGGAUAUGACUGAGGGCCAAGUGUGCAUAUUUGAAAGCUAGAUGCCUAACCACUUUCACAAUGAACAUCCACUGAGACACUGGAGCUCUGCCAGGAAAUAAACAGGAACAUAUCAAAAACCAAAAAUGACUUUGUAAAUAACAUCAAAUUCUGAAACUUGGAUAUUUAGAUAUAAUGACAGACAUUUCUUGUAGUUCAUAACGAAGAUCAAAAAAGUGAUUCAUCUUGCCUCUGUUUAUUCAGAUUAAAGACUUCAUCAGAUAAAGAAUGGCUGUGACUGCUCAGACUGAGAAUGAAAGAAAGAAAACUCAGUUCUGCUCAGAUUAAAAAGAGAUUGUUUUGUUAAAGCAGGAAUACAUGAAAUUGUAAAGCAAUCAUCAAGGUAAUAGUGUGCCCAUCAUUAGGCAAGCAAAACAACUUCACAGCUUUAUUAAUUUUACCAUAGUUUAAGGUUGUACAAUAGUACAGAUUACAAGUUGCAAUCUUUAGAUUGUAGUUUUAUUAAUGAGCUUUUGUGUUAAGCGUUAUUUUGUUUAUACCAGGCAGGACUAAGCAUUGGUAAUAACAAAACUGGGCACAAAUUUUCUCAAAAGUGUUUCUUCCUCAGAAUUUUUUUUUUUGUUUAUGAUAGACCACUUGAAGCUGAACACAAAUGCAACAUUUGACUAUUGUAUCAUGUAGGAAUUUGGAGAAACAAGAAUUAACAUUUAUUGAAUAUAAUGCAUUUAAUUGCAUCAUGGUGCUGAUGCUUUGCAAUAGUCCAACCCAACUAAAAAUGUUUUGUUGAUGAUUUUCAUUUGGACUCUGUGUUGAGGCUUCUCACUUAAGUGCCCAACAUUAAUCAGUCAGCAUCGAUGCCAUAAUACUGUUUCUCCAUGAUCACAAUGUCUUGGUGAAACCUUUCGCCAUGCUCAUCACUGACAGCGCCAGGAUUUGCAAGGAUGAAGUCUAAAUGGAAAUGCAGAAAAUGAAUCUUUAGUGACAUAUUGAACUUUAUGGCUUUGUAUGCUUGAAGCAUGUUGUCAACCAGCUGCACGUAGUUUGGUGCUCUGGAAAAUUUUCAGCAACAUCCUUGAAUUCCUUCCAUGUGAUUUUCUCCAGUCCCACGAGGAUUUCUUUGAAUUGACUGUCAUUGAUGUCCUGUUUGAUUUGUGUAUCAACAAAAAUGCCUUCCUUGAUCAUGACAUCAGUUAGUCUGACUUGAAUUAUGAAUUGAAAUGAUUUUUUAAAAAUGGCGCACAAUAAGGAAAUUUCAUGGUGAUUUUCAUGAUCGGUGGCCCAAAUUCCAUAAGAUACACCCAAAAGUAUUCAGGAAGCAAAAUCUUUGUUGUCUAGUGUAAUCGAGUGACAACACAUUUAUUGUUGCUAUGCAAUUGCAGUUCGGAAACCAGUAAUUGUAUUGUUGUGAAAAAGUCUGAGAGUCAAAUUAUCUUUGAGUAAGGAAAAUAAAGCAUUAUUAAAAAUACAGUCUCGAUUGUGGCUCAUCUUUUUGUCUCUGAUAUGGCCAAAACCAAAUGAGUUCAACCAGUAUAGGAUAUAGUUAUCAAGCUUGAGCUGUUUGUUACUUUUAUUUGUACUGGUGAAUAUACAGGCUGAAUGUGAGGAUGUAGUAUCAAUAGAAAGAGUGCGGAAGAGAUUUACCAGGGUAUUGUGUGGAAUAGAGGCCUGUAGUCACAAGGAGAGAUUGGAUAAACUGGAGUCAUUCUCACUGGAACAAAGGAACCUGAGUUUAACCUCUGGAAGCUUAUAAAAUUAUGAGGGGCAUAGAUAGCAUACACAGUCAGCCUUUUUCCAAGGGCAGGGUGAGUCCAGGACCGGAGGGCACAGGUUUAAGGUGAGGGGGGAGACUUUUAAAGGGGAUUCGAGGGGCACACUUUUCAUACAGGAGUGGUGGAGUGGUGGAUAUCUGGAACGAGCUACCAGAGGAAAUCAUAGAGACAUGUACAAUGUUUACAAGGUACUUGGACAAGAACGUGGAUAGGAAAGGCAGACAGGCCUAAGCCGGCAAAUGAGAUUAGUGUAGACAGGCAGCACAACAAGCAUGGAUGAGGUAUGGAGUUAGAAGGGAUGUCAUAGUGCAAUGUGAUCCUAUGACUCUACUUGUUGUACCUUAGGUUUUCAAUUUAGGGUGUGUUUUGAAGGAGUGAGUGGGUCAUUGUAGCAUUUAACUGGGACAGCGUGAGAUUACUACAUAUUAAUGAGAGUUCUAUAGGAAUUAGCAGGGGGUUAUGAACUGAAAUCUCUGACAAAGUAGCAGACAAAAGCAUUAAUUUUCACAAAACACUAUUCCAGGGGCACAAUACCAGCCAUCAUUUGGAAAAGUGUUCUAGCGAAGAAUGAUAUUUCACUAGAAUGAGUAAAAGUUUAUCCUCAAUAGUAUGCACCA